AAACAAGAAUAUCAAAGUAAAAAUAAUCAGAAUGAUAAAUGAAAUAUCAUUAAAACAAUAUUGUCUUUUAAAUGCAUAUUUAAAUGUUCCUAUUGCAAAAAUAGGAGAAUUUAACACCUCUACAUUGGGACUUAAAAUUUCAGCUUUAUGCAGACAGUUUUUGAC